GGUUGGAGGCUGGCGUUUAGUGAGUGGUGCGGUAACGGAACCCAUAAUACAGCUGUGGUUGUGUACAGCAGCUGGUUAUGGCGUCCGUUUCCCUCCCACUGCACAGAGGGCGCCGUUGCCAGGACGACCAUUGCCGGAGCGACCGUUGUCUCCUCCUCACAGAACAGAACCCCUCAAAAACGACCGACCAUUUAUACAUUCCUAUAUUUUAGGUCAGCUCACUGUAUUUAAAUGUACAUUUGGUAAAUAUGUUAUUCAAUUUCAUUUAAUGUUAUAAAAAAAUGCAUAUUAUCACUUUAUUACUGUUUUAAACUAUUAUGGCUAUUGUGUUCUAUAAUAGUAACAUUUUUUUUUAUCAUUGUGUCUGACGUGAGAUGCUGUAAUGCCUUAAUUUCCUCUCAGGUAUGAAUAAAGCACAUUUCGUCCGACACACACACUUUAUUUUUGUCAUUUUAUGUGUGUUAUUGUUGGGUCGUUUAACGGUGACCUGGGAAGCCUGAUCUAAUCCUAAAUGAGAUAGUAUUCCAUCUAAUUUAUAGGGCUACAGCAAAGAGCCUCCAAUAGCUUUGUUGUUUUGUUUAUUUAAUGUAAAGCUAAAUGUAAAUUGCAUUGAAUUGUUAAUGUAUUAUUCAGAUAUUCUUAUUCAUAUUUGUAAAACCGACUGAGCUGCUUUAAAGCAAAAGUCUAACGACUUAUGUCCAACGACAUUUUAAACACAAAACAAAGAACUGACGACUGCUUUAAUAGAACGCAUUGGACGACGUUUCUCCGUAAUAAUGAAGUUAUUAGAGUUUCUACUUGCAGAGGUUGCUCUUCAAUGACACGUUUUCUCCCGGAUUGCGAAACGCACGAGCGGCAACCGGGAAUCUCGUGUCAGCUAAGAAUGACGUCACUAACCACAACAGAAAUAUGCUGUGCUGAAAUGCAGUGCGGCCUGUUACAAGGUUUGAACAUCCACUUCAACAACAAUACUAAUGAAAAUAUCACAAAAAAAAAUGCAUAAAGGGCAGGCUUAAUGUCUAUAUAUUUCUUUCUCGUUUUUUGAAUGUUCCUUUCAUUUCUUAGCUGUCUCUUAUCAAGUUGUUAAUAAAUUAAUACUCUGUAUUUUCUUUUAAAAUAUUGCAUCACUUUUUACAUUAUUUGAUUAUAUUGUGAAUAAAAAUGUGUUGCAAAUCAAAAAGUUGUGUCUCUUUAAUUAAGCGUGUGUCGUUUUAUCCCGGCGACAGAGGGCGCUGUUCAGCUCACAUCAUCUCGCCAACGAGGAAAUAGAUCCCCGGGAAACAAUAUCUACAUGUAGGUAGUUCCGCUUGGAAAUACAGCAUCCAAUGCAGUCUUUUGCAGCUGGUAAGGGGGUCGAUUGGUGAUCAAUUGCAGGGGGCAGGAACGCGUGGACUCCCUUAUUAGGAACCAUAACAGCCAUCUACAUCCAUAACGACUGAUACAUAGUAUAACGAGCAGCCCGCGAUUGCACAUAAUCCCGACGAGCUGACUUGUUCAGUGUUUAAUGUGGUCGUGAUGGAGAAAAUCGAGGAGUCGUCGCCUCUCCGGAUCACCCCAACCGUGCAGGCGCUGAGCUUUGCUCUGAGGGGGAAGCGUCCCAAUACUCCCGGUGCCCACAGCGGCCGGGGUCCGGGCGAUGUGGACAAAUCUGGGGGUGAACCGGCGGACAAGCUGUGGUUCAAGGAGAGCAGCGCCAAGAACCUGCGGAACCGAGAUUUCCUCUCGCCGACCACGAUGCUCAACACGCUGUACGCUGACGGACAGGUACCCCCCACGGUGAUGUCCCGGGUGCUCUCGCUGCGCGGCGGCGGGGUCCUGCCCCUGGCGGGGGCCGAGGUCAUGGGGGAGGGGCUGCGGCUGAGGGUGGACCGUGCGGCGUCCUUCGGGGCCGUCCUGGCGGGCGGGGCCAGCGAGUACAUGAAGCCCUCGGUGCAGAGGCAGGGCCGCGUGGUCAUCAACUGCCCCGCGCUGCACCCGCGGCCCAGCGGCCCCUCCCCCGCCACGCUGACGCUGGGCCAGCUGAGGACCGUGCUGGUGGCCGACCACACGGGGGCGCUGCUGAGAAGACAAGGGCUCACCGUGUCCUACUGCCCCGUGCUCCCCGAGGGGAGUGACGUCACAGCCUUCCUCCACACGCUGGGCGUGGACUGGCCGACGGUGCCGGCCAGCUGGAGCGGGGCGCAGCGGGAGGAGAAGGUGCAGGAGGCGCUGGCGGGCUCCCCCUACCGGGAGGAGGACGAGCCGGGCCAGAGGAGAGGCGGUGGGGGGAGCCGGGGGGAGGAGGAGGAGGAGGAGGAGGAGGAGGAGGAGGAUGAAGAGCAGCAGCAGGGGGGAAGAGAGAAGGACGGAGCGCUGAGGGUCAACCUGAAGAGGGUGUUCCAGGAGGAGGGGCUGGCGGGCUACGACCCCAGCCUCGGCACCUGCACAGUACAACGAGACAGUGUGUCCCACUUGGCACAGCUGGAGCAUGCUGCAGCAGACUGCAAGGAAACCAUGGCAACAGUGCUGCAUGUGAUGUCCUGUCAGGACGAGUUCCGUCAACAGCAGAUAGCCAUGUUGUGGAGAGCUUCAGGCGCCACACACACACAGAGACAUGUGGUGUGUGGGCCUGUGAAGACACCUGGCACAAACCUUACCGCUGAACAGUACCUCCAGCUGAGGAGAGGGCAGAUGAAGGACGCCUCAGAGAUGAAGUAUGGAGACCAGGUGGAAGGUCGGACAUGGGAUGACAUCAUCAGGGUCAUGACCUCUGCCACCAUCCGAUUCGAGCUGCUGUCAACCGUGCACACCAGUCCUGUCACAUUGGAUCUGCAGAGGGAAGGGGGCGUGUCCACCAAGGGGCCGAGGGGCGGGGUCUUUGUGAUGUAUAACUGUGCCAGACUUCACACGCUGUUUGACAGCUACGAGAGGGGGGUGGAGAAAGGACUGUAUCCAGAGAUACCAGAAGCUUCACAGCUUGAUUUCUCUGCUCUUAAAGAAGAGGGUGAGUGGAUUCUCCUCUUCAAUUACCUCAUCCCGUUCUCUGAGCUCCUGGACCAAUCGGGACAGUCUUUGGACUGUGAGGGGGGAGGGGCCAGAGUUAACAUUAAGACUGAACAGGUGUGCAAGUUCCUGGUGGCCCUCAGUAAAGACUUCAGCUCGUACUACAACAGAGUCCACGUACUUGGGGAGCCCCUGCCUCACCUCUUCAACCAGAUGCUGUGUCGUCUGCGGAUGUUGCGGGCGCUGACUGAUCUCUACCACAGUGCACUGGGGACCCUGCACCUCCCCCCCAUUAGGCAGCUAUAGCCGACCCCAUGCAGCCCUGAGCAGAGCAGUAUCUGGCGACUACUAUUACUACUACUACUACUUCCACUACGACACUCUUCUCGUCUGUAAGUGAACAAUUUAUCUUUUAGGUUAGUGUUUGACACCCCAUCCCCACCAGUCGCUUCACCAAGAAGAUGAAUCGAUAUGAUUUCCUUUUGCCCUCAAGCUAUACCCACCUGGAUGACACACUGCCGCCUAAUAAAGCACUCGUAAAACGUUGGCUCCCAAAGUACGCAGCGGUUUAUUUGGCCUUUCUUAGCCCCCCGGCUGCCUUUAAGAUAUUACUUCUGCCACUUAUUGCCAAAUAUUAAAGAGUUUUAACAAAUAUUGAGGUUAGGGUUUUGCCGUUUUUAAAGACCAAUAUGUGUCUCGAUUUUAUUAUGCUACCCCUUAAUUACCCCUCACCCAUUCAUUAAACCUCUUCACCCUCUAUGCACAAGUUCUUGUUUCCACCUGACUAUUUCCACAGCAGGCUAGCAUGCUAAAGCAGACCUAGUCAGCAGUCAAUACUUCCCACCCACAGCUUAGCUUCUCUUAGCUCCCUAGCUACUCCUUGCUAUCGUUAGCUUGCCUCGCGUAAACCUGGUUUUGUCUUGAGCUUUGUCAAACUCCAAAUUCACCGCUUUUACCACUCCCAAUUUAGCAUUAACGUAUAACCUUUAAGGAUAAAUAAGAGGCUUCUUUAAGUGUUAUCUGAUACCCACGAACCAUUUCCCUCGAUUUUCCACACCGUAUAGAAGUUGACCUUGUGUUUGAGGAUGACCUACAUAUAUAUUAGAAAUAUUUAUUGUUGGUUUCAAAAUAAUUGCACAGAAUUUUGCUUAUUUAAGUCUUAAUGCUCUAUUCCUUGAGAUAAUUAUAUUGACGUACUCUCCUCUUGCUGUGGUCAAACAAUUGCCAAAUGUUUUUUGCUAUCAAGCUUGUUUGUAUCAUGAAUCCAAUGGGGUUCUACACACGAUUGAAAGGUAGUCACGAUUAAAGACCAGUAUUGGGGAAAAUGUGCCAUAUUGGUAGAGAAAAAUGCAUGAAUUUGGCAUGAGGAGAAUAUGAAUUAUAUUAAGCCUUGUCUCCCAAAAUGUGAUUUUCAGCUGUUGGUUUGGGUUUUGUUAAGUUCUCUAAAAGUGUAUUACAGUUUGAACUGAUGAAGUGUCCUAUUUACCUUUCUUUUUUUAAAAAAACAUUCACAUUCUAUGAUUUCUCAGAGAAGAUGCCUUUUUGUGGCACAAGUCUUUCUUUGUGUAUAUGUCUGCCAAUGUCUUGACGUCACUUACGUUGAAUGAACCAAAUGGUGCUCUCUCUGUGGGAAAAGAUGACUUUAGAUUGGAGGGUAUUUUCAGUGGAGGAAAGGAAUGUUCUGGUAAAAGCUUGCUAGUGUUAUCUCCUAUACCCUGUUGUUCCCUACCAUGUGCUGGAUGCUAUUAUGAAUACAGGGUAGAGAAUGAAAUGGUCAUUCUCAUUCGCUGCUCAUGUUGUACUGCAUGCAUCUUAUAUAUAUGUUAGGUUGAACACCCCGCAUGCAUCACAGAACAGUCCUCCUCACACACACACACACACACACACACACACACACACACACACACAGACACAGACACAGACACAGACACAGACACAGAGACAGACAGACGGACGGACUCUUCAGGAUACUGCUGUUUAGCUCACUGGUUUUUCCAAAACGGCAAAGUGUCCAUUCAAAUAACCAGGAUGUCUGCCAACUUAAAAGCUAUGUGAACAUUUUGUAGUACAGAAUUAUAUUGUUGUUGCCUAUCUUAAGAAGAAUAACCCUCAUGAAUAUCUGAGCCUUGAGUUGAUGAAGUUGACUAUAUAUUGUUGUAGUAUUUAUACAAAUAGGAGCAGCACCGUUACAUUGAAUAAUGGCACCUGCAACAAUCAAUGAAAUCAUUCAACACUUGAUGGCAUCUCCCUAACGUGUAAACUAAGGACCAGUAAACACAUUUCCACAUCUAUGUUGGUGAGUUUGUUUUCAUUGUUCCCUAAUGUUGUUCAUGACGGGUUACCUUGCUACCAGGUAGCUUUCAUCCUGAAUCCAAAGUGUAUAUCUAUGACGUCGUCACCCGUUUUCAGAUUUCAACCUGGAGGAAUUCAAAAUAAGAAGAAAAACAGACAACCCUUUCAUUGAUCCCUUCUCUCUCAACUUGUUCCCAGAAGGAUGUUUCAUUCUUUAAAGUCACAAUGUG